AUGGAUUCAGUUAUAACAUUUCAAGGACUAAAAAUCGACGUACCAUCAUUCGUAUUGGGUACUUUCAUUACGAUAUUAGGGUCAUUAUUAUUACCCAUUUUACAACAAUUAAUUGGAGAGAUCUUAAUCAACGUACUCAUUUUGAUUAAAUAUGCGUUAUUUUUUGGUGGGAUGGUUUUCAUCUUUAAUUAUUUUGUACUACGGAAGCAGACACUUUCACCAAAGGAGGAUCAUGUCCAUGUGACAGAUAAGAAACAAGAUGACGACGUUCAUUUACGUUCUUUCGAACCAGCGAAAGUGACUGAAUUGAAAGUAACGGAUAUUAAUGAGAAAGAGGAAAAUUAUGAAGGUACGGUGGGUAGUUUUAGAUAUUUUGAGAUUCCCAUAACAAAAUUGGAUGAUAAAGUUAAUGGUGAUGAUAAGUAUGAUAAAAGUAGUAUAGGUCCUGAUUUAAAUCCUAUAACUUUUACUACAAGAGGAGCAGCGGUUUUGAAUAAAAGUGCAAGGUAUGAAAACUUUGUCAAGAGAGCAGAUAGGUAG